CAACAACGAAAUUAAAAGUAUUUAAGGGUUUAAAUCGAAUUGCUAGGGUCGAAUUUUAGAUUUUUUUUUUUCGUCAAAAGUAACCAAACCUUCUCGCAGCCGCAAGAGAGGGCAGAAAAAAAUAAAAAAAACUUCCGGCGAAUUGUACGGCGAGGAGUCGUCGUCUGACUCCGAUUAUACACAGGGUGUGUGUAUACAUACACAUUCGCGACGACAAGUGGAGAGAGGGCACGAGGUAAAAGACACAAGGGUUAGAUGGGAAACCAGAAAUUAAAGUGGACGUCGGGGGAAGAGGAGGCGUUGCUCGCCGGAAUUGCAAAGUACGGCGCUGGUAAGUGGAAGAAUAUUCUCCGGGAUUCCGAAUUCGCUGAUCAGCUCAGUAAUCGCUCCAACAUCGACCUCAAGGAUAAGUGGCGUAACUUGAGUGUUGCUCCUGGUAGUCAAGGCUUAAGGGAUAAGGCAAGGCCGACCAAAGUCAAAGAUGAAAGCGUCACUCUGUCUGAAGUUGCUACCACUAGUCAACCUCCUAAUGCUAACUCUUCUUCUUCACCAGCUACUUCCCUGCCACGCAGUGCAUCUCCUGAGUUGAGCAUUGAUAACAGUGCUAACAGUUUAGUGGAUAAUAAGAACGCUCCCAGGUAUGACGGGAUGAUAUUUGAAGCCAUCUCUGCUUUAGCGGAUGCAAAUGGAUCUGAUGUCGGUUCCAUUUUCAGCUUCAUCGAGGUUAGACAAGUUUCUCUUUGCUCUUCAUUUUGCAUUGUGACUAAAACUUUUCCUAAUGGACCUUAUGGUUUACUGUGGAAAGAGCAGCCAAGGCAUGAAGUGCCGCCACAGUUUAGAAGAGUCCUUAGUUCAAGACUGAGGAGGCUUGCAGCUCAGGGAAAACUUGUGAAGGUUAGCAACUUAAAACCUCAGCUACAGAACUUCUAUAAGAUACCGGAGUCAUCAGGAACAACGAUAGCGCCUGUCCCAAAGCUAAAGGAGACAAGUGUGAAACCGAAGCAAUCAAACAAUAUGGCUCCCGCGGUUACACAAGAGAUGAUCGAGGAAGCUGCAAGGACCGCUGCAUGUAAAGUUGUAGAGGCAGAGAAUAAAGUAGAUGUUACCAAAGUAGCAGUAAGAGAGUUGAAGAAGGUGACCAAGCUUGCAGAUGAAGCCCAACUUCUGCUGGAGUUAGCUAAAGAGAUUCAUGAACAAUGUUCUCGUAGCGAGGUUGUGCUCCUGGCUUGAGUCUAUGAGCUCUUCAGUUCGAGGCCUUUGAUCAUCAGAAGUUGUGAUUUUCAAGACAUGAGCAAACUAUAGCCACAGUGUCUCCUCCGUUUAGUUGUUGAUAUAUCUAAAAAAGAAAUAAUUAAUUUACUAGGCGUGACUCUGUUUUGUGAGUAAAUUACAGAGGCUCAUCUUGGUUUUUUUUUUUUUUUUUUUUUUUUAACUCCUGAACCCAAAAAUGCAUUUAUAUCGAUAUUAUUUAGUGAACUUACUCUC